ACACAGUUUCCAAGGAAACAGGACUUCAAGUCCCUUCUCAGCAAGAGCCUGACAUUAAUACCUCUCAUACAGCUGGGCUUUGCUCUGAGCUCCAAAGAACCGGUUCUGUUAAAUUUGACCUGCAUUGCCUCAUCCCCUCUCCCACCGGUGGUUCCUGGGUUUAGGAAUCAGGAGGCUCCGAAACGCUUUUCUGAGGCCGCUUUUUCCCCCGCUGUGGGGCCAACGAGGAGAAGACAGGAGCCUAAGCAACAAGCUUUGCGUGCAUGCCGUGCGUGUUAAGUCCCAAAAGUGGUGUUCGGCUCUGCGAACGUAACCCACCAGGCUCCUCUGUCCAUGAGAUUCUCCAGCGGGAUUCUUUACCACUAGUGCCACCUGGGAAGCACAAGCAACAUGCCUCGUGGCAUCAAAUCAGGAACUGGCGGACAGGGGUCCCAACUCGGUUCUUUGGACACCAAAGUCAGCGCUCAGGAACGGCGGGCCUUUCCAAGUAAAUGUCCGAAAGAGGGGCGCCGCCCUGCGUCCGCUUCAACAGACUGACGACCACCACAGCUCUGCUGCCCCUUCAGGCGGGGAGAGAUUGCCAGUCUCCGACGGUAAGACAUCAGGCGGCCAUAGAAAUCACGUCUACUAUGGGGACCAAUCCCAGAAAGCGAAAAAGCAGCGGGGCGGGUUUAUGCAAAGUACAUAGGGAGUUAGCCGGAAGGAGAAGCAGUAAACGACACAAUUUGAGGUCUAUUUACAAAUUUUAGUUAUUAUUAUGAAUCAUAAAUGAUGAAAAGUUGGCUUUAAGCAAGACUGCACUUUGAGAAGGCUCUAAUGAUUAGGCCAUAAGAGUCGCCACAAUCGUGAAAGCUAAACUAAGAGUAAGGCUGGCCCGGAGAGACGCUUGUGGUUAUCGCUUCUCGGCCUUUUGGCUAAGAUCAAGUGUAGUAUCUGUUCUUAUCAGUUUAAUAUCUGAUACGUCCUCUAUCCGAGGACAAUAUAUUAAAUGGAUUUUUGGGAUUAGGAGUUGGAAUAGGAGCUUGCUCCGUCCACUCCACGCAUCGACCUGGUAUUGCAGUACUUCCAGGAACGGUGCACCCCCUUCGGGGGGAUAAAGCAUUGUUUCAAAGAAAGAGUCGAUAUGAUCUUGAUGUAGUUGAAGUAACUCGCACUUAACCUGCUUCAACAGUUAUUCUACUAACUUAAAGUUUUUGUAGUAGCAUUUAUGGGGUUCACGGAAGUUUUUUUUUAAACAGAAAGAGAAAAUGUACAUUGCUAUAGAGCAGAGAAACAGACUAGGGCUGCCUGGAUCCGAUAUUGUGAUUCAGAUCGUAUGCCUUUUACUCCAAAUGUAAAAUGGUCAAGUUACUGUUCAGAUCUCCACAAACAAGUCUCCAGAUUCCAUUUUUGUAAAAAGCAAAACCAGCUGGCGGGGAGAGUAUUUUUUACUCUUCCGGUUCUUUAAAAGGAGUUCCUCCGUAUCCGACUAGGCGCACGCUGGAGACGCAGGCGCUGCGCCGGAAGUGUGAACCUUGGGUUCCCGAGCUCCGCUAUGGCGGCUGCGGCUGCACGCUGGAACCAUGUGUGGGUUGGCACCGACACUGGCAUCCUGAAAGGAGUGAACCUUCAGCGCAAACAGGCAGCGAACUUCACGGCGUCAGGACAGCCGCGGCGCGAAGAGGCGGUGAGCGCCCUGUGUUGGGGUGCGGGCGGCGAGACACAGAUCCUGGUGGGCUGUGCCGAUGGGACAGUGAAGCACUUCAGCACCGAAGAAGGCAGGUUCCAGGGCCAGAGGCAGUGUCCUGGAGGGGAGGGCACGUUCCGAGGCCUCGCCCAGGUCGACGGCACCCUCAUCACAUGUGUGGAUUCUGGGAUCCUUCGAGUCUGGCAUGACAAGGACAAGGAGGCAUCCUCUGACCCACUCCUGGAACUGAGGGUGGGCCCUGGGAUAUGUAGGAUGCGCCAAGACCCAGCACGCCCCCACAUCGUUGCCACUGGUGGGAAGGAGAAUGCUCUGAAGGUGUGGGACCUGCAGGGAUCUGAGGAGCCUUUGUUCAGGGCCAAGAACGUACGGAAUGAUUGGCUCAACCUGCGGGUUCCCAUCUGGGACCAGGACAUACAGUUCCUCCCAGAGUCACAGAGGCUCGUCACCUGUACAGGGUACCACCAGGUCCGUGUCUAUGAUCCAGCCUCCCCUCAGCGCAGGCCAGUCCUUGAGGCCACCUACGGAGAGUACCCACUGACAGCCAUGACCCUCACUCCUGAGGGAAAUUCAGUGAUUGUGGGGAAUACUCAUGGGCAGCUGGCAGAAAUUGACCUUCGACAAGGGCGCCUGCUGAGCUGUCUAAAGGGACUGGCGGGCAGCGUCCGAGGGUUGCAGUGCCACCCUUCAAAGCCCCUACUAGCCUCCUGUGGUUUGGACAGAGUCUUGAGGAUACACAGGAUCCGGAAUCCACGGGGCCUGGAGCAUAAGGUCCCUUAUCUCUUGCAGGUUUAUCUCAAAUCUCAAUUGAACUGCCUUCUCCUGUCAGGCAGGGAUAACUGGGAGCAGGAUGAACCGCAAGAGCCUCAGGAGCCCAACAAGGUGCCCUCAGAAGACACAGAGACAGAUGAACUUUGGGCCUCCUUGGAGGCAGCUGCCAAGCGGAAGCUCCCCAAUUGGGAGCAGACCCAAGGCGCUCUCCAAGCCAGACGGAGAAAGAAGAAACGGCCUGGGUCCACCAGCUCCUGAAGAGCUUGUGCUCACUUUGUAAAUAAACACCUUAAAAACGUACCAUGACUUUGCCUUUUGUGAUGGGAGAGUGGUGGCGGCUCCCUGAGCUGGGGUGGUGGGGGUAUCUGACGUCACAAAAGCAGGGCCCGGAACCUGGCGGCUGGUGCGGGUGGCACCGAGUGCAGGGCCGCAUGUGGGGCCAUGGGCUGCUGCCAAGACAAGGACUUUCAGAUUUCGGAUGAGCAGGCCAAGGAGGCCGGGUCAGAAGGCACUGAUGCGGACUCGGGGGAGCAACGGGAUCGCAGGUCGAACGAAAGUCUUCUGAUCACUGUGCUGUGGCGGCGGCUAUCCAUGUUCAGCCGUCGGGGUUCCGCUCGGUCAACCAGGAGGCAGACGGUCCAGAGUCAAAAGCGGGCGAGUAGGAUCCAGGAGCGCGAUCAGGAGAUGAUCCAGGAGGAGCCGGAGAAGGGGUGACUCCAGCCCUGUUCUCACUCCUCCCCAGCCUUCAGAGAAUAAAGUUUCUAACGUG